AUUUGUUUCAGGGCGGUUGGAGCGGGAGCGGGAGCCGGGAGGUCGCUGUCCGUGUCCGGCUGGGGAUGUGGGCGAGGCCGAGGCGCAGCCUCCCAGGUGUUUGUUUCAGGCCCGAGGCCUAGCUGGCUGCUCCUCGCCAUGUCGUGGCCGAGCUCGGGAGCCCCGCUGUCGGGAUGAGCGGCUGAGGCUCGGCCCCAUGGCCCAGGAGAAGAUGGAGCUGGAGCUGCCGCUGCCCGGCCCCGGGCCCGGGCCCUCGGCUCCCAGCGACGGCGGCCUCCGGAGAUCCAAUAGCGCGCCCAUGAUCAACGGCCUGAGUGACAAUGCUCAGGUUUUUCAACCCGAUGUCCUGCGCAAUCGGAGAAACAGCACCACUAUUGUGAACCGGCACAGUCAGAUUGUUCCCUCAUCACCAGUUCGGAUCCCCAGCAGCAGGCUGCAUCAGAUUAAACAGGAAGAAGGAAUGGACCUCAUGAACAGAGAGACAGCUCAUGAGAGGGGAGUACAGGCAGCAAUGCAGAUGAGUGUUUCAUGGGAAGAGAGCUUGAAUCUGAGUGAUAAUGACCUGGAUAAAUCUGCCUCGCCAAAGCGUAUUGACUUCAUUCCAGUGUCACCAGCUCCAUCUCCAACUAGAGGAAUCGGGAAGCAAUGCUUCUCGCCCUCCUUGCAGAUCUUUGUGAGCAGUAAUGGACUCCCUCCAAGCCCCACCCCCAGCCCAACAAGGAGGUUUGCCACUCGGAGGAGCCAGAGCCCAAUCAACUGCAUCAGGCCGAGUGCACUGGGACCUUUGAAACGCAAAGGUGAUAUGGAGUCUGAAAGCCAACCAAAGCGACUUUUCCAAGGAACUACAAAUAUGUUGUCCUCUGAUGCCACACAAUUGCCAGAACUUGGCUCGUGUGCGAUUCGAAGUAGCGAUCUGUUUCUCAGUCUUUCAACAGACUGCCUGGAUGGCAGCAGCAGCAAUGGUAGUUCAAGUCAGGAUUCACCAGCAAAAUCAAGUGCAGUGCGAGAGUCUCCGGUGACGACGUCUGAUUUCUGCUCGUCAUUCACGGGAGGACCUGGCCUUUCACCAAAGUGACUCUGUCUAUUCUAAAGGAAUUUUGGAAACAGAGAAUUUGGGAACAGAGUCUACAUCAAGUAUAACCUGGUGUAAACAUGUGGUGCCAUUAAUAUAUGUAAUUGUGUAGAAGAAUGUCAGUGUUAAUGAACUGGUUGUUGUAAUUCUGAGAAAUAUUUUCUCCCUUCUUAAUUUUUCCUUGAAAUUGAUCAUUUAUUUUUUGCACCAACUUGGAAUCUUGAGAAAUUCUGAAAUGUCUCCUGCCAGAAUUAUAAGGUUUUGACUUUUAGUUCUACUUUCACAAGCAGAUUCUAAAUGCAGCACAAGUUUAUCCUUUUCAGAUACUUAUGGGCUUUACUUUUUAUGAAUAGCACUAAAAGGAAGUGAUUCUUGAAUUUAUUUUGAAGCUGUUGUUAAAUAGAUUGCGCUUGACUUAAGCAAGCAAAGCAACCUUGAGCUGGGUGCUGAUAGUUUUACUGUAAUGGGAGAGGUGGGAGUAUGGAUUGAAAGCUCUUGAUUUCCAUUAGUCCUUUUGUACAGAUUCUGUUACUUCAGUUAUUUCUUUGUUGAAUGAUUAUUGUAGAAGCACCUUUUACAGAGUCUCGCAAUUACCUUUAUAGUCAGGGUAUUUGUGGAGCUAUUAACAGACAUGUGCAUAGUGUAACAUACCAGAAGGGAGACUUUGGUCUAAUUUAAUAUAGUGUUUCAUAACUCUCUAAGCCACCACCACAACAUGACUUGUGUAUAGUCCAUAGAUCCCUAUAAAGAGUUUCACUGGCUUUUGGGAAAAUAAUUUUAGUUAAAUAGAGCUGUUUGUUGUUUUCCCACAAACUUUUUUGUGUGUUAUUAACUUUUUCUUGCCAUGUGUUGUGAUAGAAUGUUGUAUAAACAUGUGUUUAAUUUUGUGUGUGUUGUUGUUGUUGGACUUACACCUGACUUGCCAGGACUCUGAGAACUGUCUCCUGCUUAACAACAUCCUGAUUUUUCCACCUUUAUGCAAAAAGGCUUCAGAACGAGGAGGAACUGAUGGGUGUUUGGUUCUGAAAUACUGUAUCGAAUGAAAAUAUAUAUUGUGUAUAUAUAAAAGAAUUUUGCAGCAUUACUUUUAUCCGCAUUUGUGAAAAUCUUCUAGUGAUCGAUAAUUAAUAUUAACUGCAGUGUUAAGUUGUCACAAGGCUUGAUCAUCUUGAGCAGCAGAUGCACUGAAUCAACUUGUGCAUUGUUUCUGUGUUCCAAGGUGGAGUCUGUCUCAUGCUUUGGGCACUUCAGUCUUCAAUCAGAACCACUAAAGAGGGAUGUCACUGACACACAGCCUGCAGAUUACAGCUAUACACAAUAUAGGUCAAAGUUUGUGUAAAUGCAAGGAUGAUUACAAGUGAACUCUGGGUCUUGAUAUUUAACUGUGAUCAUAAUUUCUUCAAUAAGUUAAGAAUAAAUUGGUAAAAAGCAGUGAAUAAGAACUGCAGAACAAGAAAAACACAGAGGUUCUCAGGGACUUUGAGUACCUAUGAAGCUUAUACCUUACCAGUAGCAAAAAACCUGUACCCUGUAAAUUCAGUGUUAGAGCUGGUAGCAUAUAUACUCUCAACCUGUCAUCCUGAUGAGGACAAGUUCUCUCUCCAGUGGAACCACUUUUAGUGCUUUGUUAUAAUCUGUCAGCCAUCCUAGUUUGUUGCUGACCUUCCCGAGGGAGGUCAGUCAAGCCAGAGUCCAAAGGCCCUGCUGGAACUCCUGAAAACUGUUUGCAAUCUCGUCUGGUAAAAGGCUGCUGACUUUCACCAGAAAGCUAUUCCAGCAGCGCUUUGGAGGUACAAUUGGAUAGGGAAAUUAAUAGGUACUAAAAGAAUGUACAUUAGGGAGUAAUUAUUAUUUACUUUAAAUUAGAACUAAUUGGAUUAGGUUUUGGAAUUUAUGUUUAUACUGGUGAAAGUGAAUGCAACAUGGAAAAGCAUGGAUUUCAAAACAUUAGAAAUGAGAGAAUCAAAUGGCAACAAAGAGUGAUAAACUUAAAACAAUCAUUAUCACAUGAGAAAAAAAAUAUUAGGUAAACUACUGAAACUAAAGGAAGCCAAGUCCCCUGGACCUGAUGCUGUGGUUUUGGGCAGGAGGGAACUGCUUGCUAUAGUAAAUGACUAAAUUUAAUGCCAACAGCUUCAAGGAAUUAUUGAGUUCCCCCUUUGUACUUAGUCUAAAAACAAAGUUCUCAACAUUAAAAGAUUACAUUUCCUUAGUGAAAAUCUCAUCCUUCACAUUUUGUUGAGGUCUCCACCUUGUUGCUAUAUGAUCAUAUGUAAUACCUUUAUUAAAUUAACAGGGUUUAUUUAUUGUCAUUUUAAAAACAUUUAUAUUCCUUAAUUCAAGUCACAAAAAUAAUGACAAGUUAAAGCAGUAAUGAGUGAUUGGUCACAUUCUAGGUCCAUUCAAUGCAAAUCAUUUUCUAACUGCCGCAAUAGGAACUUUAUUGCUUGAUGAUCCAGUUUAUGAGGUAGAAAUGCGAGUCUGUAUAUAUUUCAUUGCUCAUUCGCUGCAUGUCCUUUAUUUUUCCCUCCCAAUUAUUUGGUUCUGACCAUGUACAAUAAUGGAAUCAUAUGGAUUGUGUGACAGACUGUGGGGUCAUGCACUAUUUACAAAUCCACAUCAGUUAAAGGAGUCAGAAAUUGUAAAGUGCCAUUCUCACAAUGGAAAAAACAAAAUGUUAAAAUCUGUUCUCAAAAAUAACUUUAUUAAAAUGUUUAAAUAAAUUGUAUAAAUCAUGAUGUAAACAUUUACAAA